UAAAUUAAUUCUUAAAUCCCAAAUUACACACAAAAGUCUAUAACUCAAUUCUAUCACGGCCUCUAUCUAAUCUAUUUCCUGUCUUUUCUCUCCAAUAUUUUUUUAGAAAUUCUCCUUAAAUUGAAAUGGCUCAGGGAAUUGUCAGUGCAAAACUAGUUUUGUUGCUUGGAGUUGGCAUAUUGUGCCUUCUAACUAUUACCAAGCCUGCAUAUGCAACUGUUUUCACCGUAGGCGACGCUAAGGGUUGGACCUUUAAUAUCAAAGAUUGGCCCGAAGGAAAGUCCUUCAAAGCUGGUGAUGUUUUAGCAUUUAAUUAUGAUAAGGAAAGGCACAAUGUGGUAGUGGUGAGUAAGGAGGGUUAUGAUAAAUGCUAUGAUCCAACCGGAAAAGUUUCCCAAACUGGAAAUGAGAAAAUCACCUUGGCCUCAGGUCAAAACUAUUUCAUCUGCUCUUUCCCUGCCCACUGCACCAACGGGGUCAAGAUCGCUGUUAAUGCAUCCUAACUAAUUUCUUCUAGGGAAAAGCUAGUUAGUAUAUUAAUUUAAGGAUAAAGUGUCCAUGAGUAUAUAAGGAGUAAUAUAUUUGGGAUAAAUAGUUUUUCCAAACUUGUUCAACUCCAAAAGGAACUAGUUUUCAAGCUAGGUGGUGAGUUAUAACAUUGUCGUCCCUUUUAACAUAUGACCAAGUGACGUAUACUAGAUGUGGUUAACCACUGUUGUGAUUACCAUAAAUAAUUAUCUUAAUUAAUUACCUUGUAUUCGAAUUUGUAGAUAAUAAUAAUUACAAUUUUGUUGCAAAUCAUGAUAAUAUAUAUCCUCAUAAAUAAUUUACUAUUGUAAAGAAAGUUCAUGUUCAUUAGAAUGUUAAGUUUUUAGA